AUGACGCGCGACGCCGGCGACGACGCGAUGACGAGCGAGGCGCUGGCGACGUUCACGCAGGGGCUGCUCGAACAGAUGCAGGGACGGUUCCAGACGAUGUCGGACGCGAUCAUCACGAAGAUCGACGAGAUGCAGGAGAAGAUCGAGGCGCUGGAGCGAAGCGUGGAGGAGAUCGCGAGCGAGACGCGAGAGGGGAAGUAG